UGUUCUCCCAAGCGAGUUACGAUACUCGAGGGACAACAGAUGCCCAACCAUGACAACUUUCACCAUCCGUUUGAGACCCCAUACCAGGUUCAGCUGGACCUCAUGCAAAAAAUAUACGAAACCCUGAAAAAAGACUACAAGCUUGGGAUCUUCGAGUCGCCAACCGGAACGGGGAAAACGUUGAGUUUGAUCUGCUCGACAAUGUCAUGGCUCCGUGAAUACAAGAAGCAGGUGAACGACGGUCUUAUUUGUGAGAAACUUGGAGGCUUGGAAGACGGUAAAGACGAAGACGAUGAGCCGGAGUGGGUCAAAGAAGCUUUCCAGAAAAAGGUUCUGGCCGACUACCUAGGCGAGGCACGCAAGUAUGAACAACAUCUACAAGAGGUCAGAGAAAAAGGCCUCCCGUUUUUUUUAGAGGAUGAUGGACGAAAUAAAGAAAGCCGUAAAAAGAAGGGAGCUGUCAAAAUUAUCAAGAAGAGAAAAACCACCGAGAAAGCUGCCCAGCAUCCUCCAGAUAUGGAUCUGGAUGAUUUGGCGCCGGCUGAUUAUGACAUUGCACAGGAGGAAGUCGGCCAAAGUGGGAUCUCACGCGAUGUCGAGCAGUUGUUGAGUAAAGUUGAAGGUUCGCAUAGAAAUACAAAGGCUAAUGUUCAUCCGACAAAGAUCAAUGAGUCCAAGGUGAAGAUUUAUUUUGUCUCCAGAACCCAUUCACAGUUGAGCCAGUUCAGCAGCCAGCUAAAACUCACAAGCUUCCCGUCAUGUAUAGAUAACCUCGGCACUGAGAGAAUCAAGUACUUGCCCCUAGGAUCGAGAAAACAACUCUGCAUCAACCCAUCUGUAUAUAAAUUGAAUGAUUUGCAGGCAAUAAACAAAGCAUGCCAAAACUUGCAACAAGAAACUGAGAAAUGCAAAUUCAUGCCCAAAGUGUACAACGAAGAGGACGAUAUGCGAAAAGAAAACUUAAAUGACCUGGUUAUGUCAGAAAUUUACGACAUUGAAGACAUACAUAGAAUGGGAGAAGAGCUCAACAUCUGCCCCUACUAUAGCACGCGUAACGAUAUACCAGUCGCCGAAAUUAUCUCGAUGCCGUACCAGCUAUUAUUGCAGAAAGACACAAGACAACUGUUGGGUUUGGAACUCAAGGACUCCGUUGUUGUUAUUGACGAAGCACAUAACUUGUUGGACACAAUUUCUAGAAUAUAUUCAAGUCAAGUGUCAUUCAGCGACUUGAAACUAAUUAAAAAGGGAUUGAAAACCUAUACUAAGAAAUUCAUGUUCAAAAUGUCUGCAGGGAACAGAAUUAACAUAGCCAAGUUGAACAAGCUCAUUAAUGGUCUUUACAAAUUCAUAGCCGCAGCAGAGGCGUCUGGAAAAGUAACUUCCGGAGUUACCAUUGACAGGAACGAUAUUUUCGGCGACAACGUUACGGACUUGCUAAAUAUCUAUGAUUUGGAAUUGUACCUUGUUAAAUCCAAGCUUGCAUUCAAGCUCGAGUCGUACAUGGAAAGAACCAUAAAAUCAGAAACCACUGAAGAAUAUUAUAAAUCAACAGGUAGUCCCAAGCUUUUUGAAAUCAAAGCCUUCUUUUAUUCAUUGUCCAAUCCUUUAAAAAGCGGGAAGUUCUUUUGGGAUCGAACAUCGCAGAACGACAUUAUCCUGAAAUACCUAUUGCUCGACCCAAGUGAAGACUUCAAAGACGUGUUAGAUGAAAGCAAAUGUGUCAUCUUAGCAGGGGGUACAAUGGAACCAAUAACAGAUUUCACGGAUUUCCUAGUCCCUUCUUUAGAAAAGGAGAAAAUAGUGCAUUUCUCUUGCGACCAUGUUAUACCCGAUAGUAAUCUCCAAGUAUUUACCGUUUGUCGCUCGCAAAGAUCACCCAAUUUUGAGUUUUCAUAUCAGAAAAGGAAUGAGGAAAAGAUGAUCAACGAUUUAGGGUAUGCUUUGCGUGACCUUCUGGCCCAAGUUCCCGACGGCUCGGUUGCCUUCUUUCCAAGUUACAGCUAUCUUGCGAAAGUGAUCGAAACUUGGAAAAAAUCCGGUGUAUACGGCGAAAUAGCUAAAAUCAAAAAGAUUUAUCAGGAGGAAAGGAAUCGCUCUGUGGAUGAUACCUUGAUGGAGUAUCGCAAAAGCAUCGCCUUACAGGAAAGUACUGACACAGUAAACGGUGCGCUCUUGCUUUCUGUGGUUGGAGGUAAAAUGUCGGAAGGUAUCAAUUUCUCGGAUGAGCUUGCAAGGGCGGUCAUCAUGAUAGGGCUCCCCUAUCCAAACGCCUUCAGCAGUGACUUGAUAGCGAAAAAGGAUUACAUUGAACAAAAGUACCUCAGUAUGGGUAGCACCUCCACGUUUGCGAAAUCGAAAAGUCAAGAGUUUUACGAAAAUCUCUGCAUGAAAGCUAUUAACCAAUCGGUGGGGCGUGCGAUACGGAACAUCAGCGAUUAUGCAGUCAUUUUCCUAAUCGAUACGAGGUACAGUCAACCACGGAUUCAAAGUAAACUUUCUGGCUGGGUUAGAAAGCGUAUCGAAAGUGACAGCAGAUCUGUUGAAGACGCUGUGCGCCACGCACGUGACUUUUUCAAGGGAAAAAAUAGAAGCAUCUAGAAGUGGAAAGCUGAAAAACAGGGGUGCCGCGUUCAGCGAGAUGUUGAAGCAUUCUGUUGUAGGUGGAACGUAGACUAGAGGAAGAUUAUAUGUU